UUCAAAAGGUUAGUGAGAUUUCACUCAUAGCGCAUCGAAAAUGCCGAAAAAAAAGCGGACCAGCGAAUGCUACAGUGCGAUGAGUGUAGGCGCUGGAUGUAUAUAGAGGAGACGGACUUCGGGACUUACGAACAAGCCGAAGAAUCGACGGACAGAUUCGAAUGCAAGAUAUGCGAAAAAUUCCAGGUGUACGAUCAGAAAUUGAACGACCAACGCGAAACCCUCACGCGGAUGGAAGAGAGAAACCAGACCCUCGGCAAAAUAGUAGAAAACCUAACAACACAACUCGGGACCCUUUCGGAAAAGCUCACCACGCUGCAAAACGAAAACGACAAACUUAGAGAACGAAGUGGCGCAACCCAAGAGGCCAGUCAAGGAAACACCGUAAAAUCUGCAGAAUGCGAGACAAAAAUGGAGAUCAUCGAAUCCUUAAUCAACAGAGUGGAGAUGCUCGAGAAAGAAAACGGGGAACUUCAAGCAGAAAAACAAAUGGCGGAAGGCAGAGCUAGCGUGGCGACCAAGGAUCGAGGUCAGCAAGACGGAUUAAGCCCCCCACGUGAACAUCCUCAGAAACCACCCAUGGCAAAUGAGGUCGCCUCAAACAGCCAAGCGAAAGAAAAGAACACUGGGGAAGGAGAUCGACGCCCAGGGACAAGUACAACCCAAAAGCGUGUCACCAUAAUAGGAGACUCGAAUGUAAACAGAGUUAAGAGGCCAUUACUCAGAGAGAUAAACAGGGACAGACGCGUGAACAUAAUCGGAAUAUCAGGAGCGAAAACUAACGAAAUCCUCGAAGAAAUGUCCAAGAUGCCGCAGAACGAAGGUGAAGAGAACCUCGUAAUCAUCAUGGCAGGACUAAAUGACGUUCUGAGUGGCCAGGAACCAGAACAAAUAACAUCAGCGUUGACCGACAUAGGGAACCAGUGGCUGGAAGACCACCCAAACGGGACCUUAGGAAUCUGUUCCAUCCCAUUUACGAAAGAAAGAGGACAGGAAGUACAAGCAAAAAUCCGACAGGUGAACAAGAACAUGCAAACCGUGUGCCACUCAGCGCCCCGGAUGCUCUUCUUGAACAAUUACCAUAUCCUGAGGACAGCAGAAUCGUCAGGAAUAGUGGAUAUACACUUCUCGCCGGAGGGGAGUGAAAGGGUGGCGCAACUAAUCGCGCAAAAGAUUGAUGAUUUUUUAGAAGUAGAAAUCACCAACGUAAGAAGCAGACAAAUGCGGCGCGAGUACUACCAGCCACCUCAUAUGCCAAUGCAGCGAACCAGCUGGACCCCAUACCACGCGAGGAGGUGGGGACCCCAACAGUGGCACCCAAGGAGAACAAUCAUGGACGCACGAUAUCGCCAACCCCCACGACCAUACUAACAAGUCACAAAAACAGAAA